AUGACCCGCAACCUUCGCACGGCGGAUGUAGAUCGCAAACGCAAACCAAACAAGGAGACUUUGGAUCGGUUGAAAGAUGUUCUUGAUCAGCCUCCACCGCGCGAUCUGUCGGAAACCGAUGGUGAUCGGAUUUGGCAGUAUCGGUUCUAUUUGGCAGAGAAGUUUCCCGAGGCUGCUCUAGCCAAAUUUCUUCUGGCCGUGCGUUGGGAGUACCCGGUACAGGUAGAUCAAGCGGUGGAAUUGUUACAACAAUGGCCUGUGGUCGCUCCCGAAUACGUUCUGGAAUUGCUCAAUCGGCAAUUCGUUCAUCCGUGUGUUCGUCGUUUUGCUGUGGCUCGUCUUCAGGCAGCCAAAGAUGAGGAAUUGUUAUUGUAUUUGUAUCAACUGAUUCAAGCGUUGCACUACGAGAACUGGGGCGAGAUCUAUUCGGUCAAACCCAAAUCCCCGGAUGAUCCGAGUUUGUCCGACCUACAGGGACAGUCCGAUUUGGAGGUCAAUGUGGAUAGUUCCGGUCGCGGGGACACGCUGGACAAAUCGUCAGCCAGCCCGACUAAUAUGAUGAAUCAAAAACUACUGAGUGUGCAGAAAUGCAAGAUCUACGUACUGUAUUUUGUUCAAGAAGACUUGGUUACAUAUCUUCUACGACGAGCUCAGUCCAGUUUUCAAAUUUGCAAUUACCUCUACUGGUUUGUGGGACUGGAGGCACGCAGAAAAAAUUCCACUGCACGAAAUAUGUACACACAUGUAUUACGACGUUUGUUGGACACAUUACGUAACGGGAACGAAGACCAGAAGUCGUGGUACACAGAACUCAUGAGGCAGGGUCAGUUCGUGGAGACCCUUCGACGCCUGUUGCAAUCUGUGACCGAGGAUUCAGGGGAUCGAUUACGCAAGGUAAUACUUGAGAUAUGUCCGAAUUAUUCACCCGAAUUUGGUUCUAUAUUAAUGAUUUAG